AUGCCGGUGAAGACUUUCGCCAAGAAGAUGACACCCACUGCCAGAGGAUACACCGAUGAGAUACACCUGCAGCGAAGAGAGAGGCCGUCAAGAGACUCGGUUUCGAAGCAAAUAUCGAUACCGGAGACCCUCUCAGCCUUGGACAGCUAUCCGCCAUUAUUGCGCAUACCGUCCGAGAUACGACGAGAGAUCUUCCGAUAUGUCUUACCGUCGUCCAACAAACGAUUUUUGCUCUACACAGACUGCGAUACGAACGUUAUCAGCAAGAAGUGGAAUCGCAAAUGCCGGCCACACCCCGACAGAGACUUGACGCUCGACAUCCUGCGUGUCAACCGCCUCAUCUAUCACGAAUGUCUUUCCAUCAUAUUCUCUGAGAACCAGUUUCAUUUCUAUGCUUUCAAUUAUUUACCUGUACUGGACUUCAUAAGGCACCUUAGUCCUGAGGCGAAGAAUCUGGUGCGCAAAGUUCGGUUCACACCAUUAACGGACAAGCAAGACGAUCCGCCAGCAACGCACGAUCGAUUUUUCACUGUUAUACAUGAUUCUCUGCCCGGCCUGAGCGAGUUACAGGCCGAUCCUGUGGUCUUCUUCUAG